AUCUAGUUAAUUAUUUCAGAUAUUUAACAAAUUAUAUUUUUACAUAUUUUAGAAUCUGUAAUGACGUGUUCACAUACGCGCCCAGUUUAUCUAUUCGCUUCUUCACUUUACUCUGAAUGUAUUGCCGUUGGUUAUCGUUGUGCAGAUUACGAAACGUUUAGUAGAGGAGAAUGUAGUGAGUGCGGAGAAAAUGGUGAACAAUGUGCUGCAAUGGGAAUUCAUUCGGAAAAAUAUGCUGAUAAAAUAAUAAAUGGAACAGUAACAAUGUACUUGCAUACAACAUUCACCGACGAUUAUUGCUUGUAUCAAUAUCACGUGGAAGUUAAGUUGAGUUCGGGUCCGAACAGCACGACUGAAGUUGGGAAAUUAAUUCUGAUUAUUAAUAGCCGAAUAAUUAAGAUUUUGAAUAAAGAUCAACAUCUGCAAUCGAUUACAGAAUCAUUUCAACCAGAAGAAAAGAAACAAUAUUUAAUAACUACUACUCACGAUAUUUUUCCAAUAAUAAAAGUACAGUUUUAUUGGUAUACAGUAUCACCUCGUAAAGAUAAUAAGUUGUACGUUCAAUGUAUCAAGAUCGUCCCAAUGAAUAAUUUAGAAACAAAUCGCUCCAAUUUGACUACAUAUGGAACUACAAAUGGUGAACCAAUAUCGCCCGAAAAUAUUAUUUUACUGGCCUUAAAUUCGAGUUGUUAAAUUCAGAAAUCGAAAUAUUGUUUCUUCUAUUAGUUAUUAUGUUCUGUAAUUUUUAUUUAUUCACUUUUACUUGAAAUAAUCAAGAACAUCGUGUAAAAGUGUUUUUA